AUGGCGACGUCCCCAGCUCCGUCUAGUGACGCCUCGAACACCAAGCCCUCGUUCUUCGCCAAUGUGUCCAACAAGGCGUCAACAUACCAUGCUCGCGUACCUUAUCUCAGCAAGCUUCCCUUCCCGGCGAUCGCAAUUAUUGUCACGCUCAUCGCUAUCAAUGUCGUUGUCUGGGCUGCUAUCGGUGUGGUCCUGGUGAGUUUGCUCGAGUUUAUACAGCCAACAUGGUUCUCACUCUCGCAACAGCACUUUAACACCCCCCUCGUAUCAACGGCAAUUCUUUCCUACACACUGGGACUCCGCCAUGCCCUGGACGCGGAUCACAUCUCCGCCAUCGACCUGAUGACUCGGCGUCUGAUCGCCGCAGGCCAGCGCCCCGUGACCGUAGGAAUGUUCUUUUCCUUGGGCCACUCGACUGUUGUCAUCAUCACCUCGCUCGUCGUAGCUGGGACUGCAGCUGCCGUGUCAUCCAAGUUUGACAGCUUCGAACGUAUCGGCGGCAUCAUCGGCACCUCCGUAUCUGCCACCUUCCUCUUGCUGCUGGGCGUCAUGAACAUCUACAUAUUGUACAAGUUGAUAGUCCAGAUGAAGAGAAUCAUCGCAAGCGAGCCCGGCCAGGAGCACGAGGAGUUCAAAAUCCAAGGCGGCGGUUGUCUUUUUCCUGUAUUGCAAAAGCUGUUCAAACUCGUCGAUCGGCCGUGGAAGAUGUAUCCUCUCGGCGUACUCUUCGGCCUGGGAUUCGACACUUCGUCAGAGAUUGCUAUCCUCGGUAUAAGCUCGAUCCAGGCGACGAAAGGUACUUCUAUCUGGCUGAUUCUGAUCUUUCCAUUAUUGUUCACUGCAGGCAUGUGUUUGCUUGACACGACGGAUGGCGCGCUCAUGAUGAGUCUGUACACCAGCACGCAGCUCGCGAGAGAUCCUAUUGCAAUCUGCUACUACAGCAUCGUUCUCACGGUGAUCACGGUCAUUGUCGCAACCAUUAUUGGGACUGUACAGUUCCUCAAUCUGAUCUUGAACGUUGCUGAGCCUGAUGGCAAGUUCUGGGACGGCGUUGAGAAGUUGGGCGAUAGCUGGGAUAUCGUUGGCGGAGCUAUCUGUGGCGCAUUUGUGGUCUUUGGCGGCCUCAGUGUUUUGCUGUACAAGCCGUGGAGACGCCGCAUUGAUAAGAAGAGGCUGGGCAACGCACACUUCGAGCCGCUGUCGCAAAGCCCCGACACGGCCACACGAAAUGACGAGGAGCAGCACAGCGGCGCAGCAGGUAGAGAAGGAGGGACGAAGAACGUUGACGUUGUGGUUCAGUCCAUUGAAGCAACUGAUCUUGCCGGACCCGCACAUCGUUGA